CAUCCGUUAUCGUGCGCCGGAUUGCAUCCUCAUCGGUGAGGAUCUUCGAGGGACGCUCCGGCGGUUAGCCCAUCGCGCUGGAGGGUCGAGGACGUACGACGAGCGCUGUAGAGUGCUACGCAGCGACGUGGCGACGACGCCAUUUUGUGGUGACUGGUACUGUGCGCUUCUUUCGGCAUCAACGCCGUCGAGCUUACUCAUCGCCGCGCCGUGACCCGUGACACGCGCGUAUCUCUGAUCCUCGUCGCCUUCAAUCGGUGUAAAACGGCGUGGAGUGCUUUUGGCCUCCGGAACCGUGGCCGCCUCCAUCGCGAGAGACAGCGAGACGGAGAAAGAGAGAGAGAGAUAAACAGUGGCCCCCGUGUAUUUGAGCAAGAUCGAGUGCGUCAUCGACGUGACUUUCAUCCCACCGCGAUACAGAAGAGAUUGAGAGAGAGAGAGAGAGAGAGAAUUUGCUAUUGAAUUAUCGUCAUCGACGCCUUCGCCCUGGGUCAUCACCGACCAUGAGACUGGAAAUCGUGUCGGCGGCGGAUUUUUUGGUGCACCUGCUGCGCCUGCAGGCGGGUCAGCUGUCAGAACGGCAACUGGAGAUGUUCAAAUCAUCGUUGACGGAGGUGUUGCGCCACCGUUAUCGCGAUCACUGGUUCCCAGAUCGGCCAAAUCGCGGCUCCGGCUACCGUUGCAUACGUAUCAACGGUAAAAUGGAUCCGGUAAUCGCGCAGGCUGGGGCGAACGUCGGCCUGUUGCCGACGGUACUGCACAGCCUGUUCCCCAGCGAGCUUACCAUGUGGAUCGACCCGUCGGAAGUGUCGUACAGAAUCGGCGAGAAUGGUUCCAUCUGCGUAUUGUACGAACGUACGGAGGCCGAGAACGCGGAAGAGAUCUCCCAGCAGCAGCAGCAGCAACAACAUCAGCAUCAGCAACAUCAUCAUCAGCAGCAGCAGCAACAACAACAACAACAACACCAUCAGCACCAUCAUUCGCAGCAACAUCAACAAGCGCCAACUAUUAUGCCGUCGCCAUCCCAGCAACAACAACAGCAACAAUUCGAAACCUGCAAAGACUCUCUGUUGCUGGAGCACACGCAAUUCAGCGAGCAGAUCGCCGCGUACGUCUCCAGCUGAAUCGCCGGGCUUGCCGUCGCGCUCGUGUCUACGCUUCUGAAAUGAUCUACUAUAAGCGCACGUGCAUCUCGUGAUAUGUGAUAUCCCGCGUGAUGAUUGUGUCGCGUCGGACCGGGUACGUCCGCGCGCUCCUCAACCUUUUGUGAACUCCAAACGUGCGUGCGUCUUUUCCCUCUUUUACGUUUUUCUUCUCUCUCUCCUUUUCCUUUCUACUUUUCCCUUUCUUUCUCAGUGCACCGAAAAAUUUCGAGCGAAGGUUCGAGUCGGUCCUCUCUCUCUCUCUCUUUCUCCUUUCUUUCUCUCUCGCUCUCGCUCUCUCUCGUCUUCUACGAAAAAAAGAAAAGAAAAAAAAGUGAAAAUGGAGCACCGUCGAUGAUCUGCAUUUCGUCAGGCCUCGUCUCAGCAGCUUGGAGAACUCAGGAGCGACUUCCUGCUACACACGGGGAGGAGAGUCCAUCCUUCGGGAGACGCGAGCUCGUCCACGCGCGUCGAUCGGCUCGACUCUAGUCUAGUCUCGCGUUUCCCGAUCCUCUUCUCGCGCGUACGAAGAAUCUCGAGAGUGAAUGAAAACAAGGAGCACCUUUGAGAAGAGAAACGUGUCCCCCCGAGCACCCUAGUCUGUGCGCUAUUUAAACUAACGCGCUCGAUCGAAAAGACAACACGGGAAGAAAACAACGCGUGUGCGUCGAGCGACGGAAGAGUGAAAUGAGAAAUGGAAAAGCGGAUCGGAACGCAGACCAGUCGAUUCUCCAGUUGAUUCAACGGCUGCUCCCUCGAGCCAUCGUCUCUCAUCUUCAUCGAUCGCCCUUACUAUCGGCGAGUCUUUUUCGCUGGUGAAGGAUUUCGCGGCCGUCGCAGCGAGAAAGAAGUGAGCUUGGAGCUCCCUCAGCAGCCGACUAAUUGAUCUCAGCACCUCCUCUACCCGCGUAACCUCCGAGUGUUUCUCUCAUGACGACAGCAGCCACGCGAGGGAGGAA